UAAAAACAUAAAUUUCCAGAAACAGAAAAACAAUGAUAUUUGCAUCAAGAUAAAUUAAACAAAAUUCAUGACUUUUUGACUCCACCAACGAUGAUGAUCCCCGAAGAAGAAGUUGAGUCGCCGCUUCAGCAUCUACCAUGUGAGUCGUUUACGUCUCCCCCAAACGAAUUCGCUGUGAACUGCUUCGCACGUAUCUCAAAAAUGCAUUACCCUUCACUUUCCCUCGUUUCCAAAACCUUGCGUUCUCUCAUAAAUCAUUUCAGGCAAAUUCUCAAUGCUAGCUGAUCUUCAUCUCAAAAGUGUUAGUAGAGGAAUUUGAGUACUGUAUCUUUUGUUUUCACUUCGAUCUUGGAAACAAUUUUUUAUCUCCAAUGUUUCAAGUUUCAACUCAACCUUGGUCAGUUACUAAUCUGAUAGUAAAGCCCAUUUUUAAUUGGGCCUGGCCUAUAUAGUCACCAAACGCAAAAACGAUGAUACUCUCUCUUUACAGAUAACGUAAGAUAAGGAGAGGUCGUCGAUGCGAUGACAUGUACUGCCACGUCAUCAAUGGAAAGAACACAAAAUCGAAUCUCUCUGUCUCCCUCUUCUUCUUCCAGUAAACUUGGAUGACACUGUGAAUUUCAUAAUUUGCCCUUCUCCGGAAUGGCUAAUCACUCUCGGCCUCACAUCUGCCAGUGUUUGACUCGGCUAGCCUCCGUCAAACGGAACGCCGUCGUCACAGUCUACGGAAACCGGAAGCGCACCGGCAGGGAGUUCGUUGACGGCGUACUGAGCCUUGCCGCCGGACUGAUUCGUCUCGGCCUCCGAAACGGUGAUGUCGUCUCUAUUGCUGCUUUUAACAGUGAUUUGUUCUUGGAGUGGUUAUUAGCUGUUGCAUUGGUUGGAGGAGUAGUUGCUCCUUUGAAUUACAGAUGGAGCUUGAAAGAAGCAAAAAUGGCAAUGCUGCUAGUAGAACCUGUGCUUUUGGUUACUGAUGAGACAUGUGUCUCGUGGUGCAUUGAUGUUCAAAAUGGAGAUAUACCUUCCUUGAAAUGGCGUGUGUUGAUGGAGUCUACUUCAACAGAUUUUGCAAAUGAACUUAACCAGUUUUUGACAACCGAGAUGCUUAAACAGCGUACACUGGUGCCUUCCUUAGCAACGUAUGCUUGGGCUUCUGAUGAUGCUGUUGUUAUAUGUUUCACUUCUGGUACAACGGGAAGACCCAAGGGUGUGACGAUAAGCCACUUGGCUUUCAUAACACAGUCUCUAGCUAAGAUUGCUAUUGCUGGCUACGGUGAGGAUGAUGUGUAUUUGCACACGUCUCCAUUAGUUCAUAUCGGCGGUCUGUCAUCAGCUAUGGCCAUGCUAAUGGUUGGAGCUUGCCAUGUUCUGCUGCCCAAGUUUGAUGCCAAAACAGCUCUUCAAGUUAUGGAACAAAACCAUAUAACUUGCUUCAUCACCGUCCCAGCUAUGAUGGCUGAUCUUAUUCGUGUCAACAGGACAACGAAAAAUGGAGCUGAAAACCGCGGUGUGAGAAAGAUACUAAACGGAGGUGGAUCUUUAUCAAGCGAACUCCUUAAAGAAGCUGUGAACAUCUUCCCAUGUGCGAGGAUACUUUCAGCAUAUGGGAUGACAGAGGCGUGCUCUUCGCUGACCUUCAUGACUCUCCAUGAUCCAACACAAGAGUCUUUUAAGGUGACUUAUCCUUUGCUUAACCAACCAAAGCAAGGCACAUGUGUUGGCAAGCCUGCCCCUCAUAUCGAACUGAUGGUUAAACUCGACGAAGAUUCAUCGAGGGUCGGGAAAAUUCUAACGCGCGGACCACACACUAUGCUUAGAUAUUGGGGUCAUCAAGUAGCUCAAGAAAAUGUUGAAACAUCAGAAUCCAGAAGCAAUGAAGCUUGGCUUGACACAGGUGAUAUCGGGGCCUUUGAUGAGUUUGGUAACUUAUGGCUUAUAGGCCGGUCCAAUGGCCGAAUCAAGACUGGAGGCGAGAAUGUUUACCCCGAAGAGGUGGAAGCUGUUCUAGUAGAGCAUCCAGGGAUUGUUUCUGCUGUGGUGAUAGGCGUCAUUGAUACUCGUCUUGGAGAGAUGGUCGUUGCUUGUGUUCGUUUACAGGAGAAAUGGAUAUGGUCUGAUGUUGAAAACCGUAAAGGAAGUUUCCAACUGUCAAGUGAGACACUCAAACAUCAUUGCAGAACACAGAACCUAACCGGGUUUAAGAUACCGAAGAGGUUUGUCCGAUGGGAGAAGCAGUUUCCGUUGACAACAACUGGGAAAGUGAAAAGAGAUGAAGUUCGAAGACAAGUUUUGUCUCAUUUCCAAAUCAUGACUAGCUCUCUCUGAUCAUUACAAUUUUAAACCGUUAAAACAUUCUUUAUUUGUUUGAUGAUACAAAUUUUUAGUUAGUUUUAGUUUGAUCAUUAAACCCAUUAUUGCCCUUUAAUACAGAGACAACUAAACCAUACAGAUCAAAAUCAACAAUAUUUUCGAGCCGAUC